CUCAAGGGAACACACAGAGCCUUACAAUGACUCCAGAAGAGGUAGAACUCGUCGCCCGCCGGCUGGUUGCGAUGGGAGCGCCCACGGACUUUAUUCUGGUGAUGCUUUUAUGCUCGUGGUUGGUCGUUCCGAGACCAAGAUCCCCUUGGCAGGUCAUAGAGUACUUUUCCGGAAAGGGUCGGGUGUCCGCUUUGGCUGCAAAGACAGGCUUUGCAGUCGCUUCUUUCGAUAUAGACCGUGGCCACAUUCCCAAACCGAAGAGGAAGAACCAAAAGAAAUACAAGUUUGCAAAGAGAAAUACCAUGGACAUUAACGGCGAAGUUGGAAUGGCGCUUGCAGUUCUCCUGGGCGUUCAGGCAUGCUUUGGGCAAUUGGUGAUGGUCCUGGCUACUGUAUGCUCAACUUGGGUAGCUGUAAACGCUGGCACAUCCCGGCGUAGCAUCUUAGUUCCUCAGGGAUGUGUCUCUGGAACAGCUACACGGAAGGGUAACAAAAUGGCUGUCAGAUGUGGCCUACUUAUGCUGCUUUGUUGCGCAAUGAAUGGAACAUAUAUCCUGGAGAACCCCCGCUCGUCGAUGCUCUUUACAUACUUGGUGGAAUUCUUCCGGAUGCUUCGUAGGGCCGGAGUGAAGGUGUUCCAAAUCCACUUCUGGAUGCAAUCCUUUGCCAGUAGCACACCAAAGAGAACCACACUAGUUUCCAACGGAAAGCGGAUUGGUGCUUUGUUCAACAUUGCUUGUUCGGCUUCCAGCUCCGGGAAGCGAGAGCAUGAAGGUGAAGAGUUGGUCAAAACAUGUCGGGCCUAUGUAGAUGGGCAAGGCAGGAAAAGAUACCAAGGAACUCCUGCCCUCAAAGAGACACAGACUUAUACGCCAUUCUUCGCCAAGUCGUUGGUGUCACUGAUUCCGGAUAUGCUCAAAGACCCUCCAACUUUUGAUUUGGAAGUAGACAUGGAGACUCCCCUCCCAGACCUCUUGCGGAAUUGGUCGUCCUGGGAAGACGCAGAACUUGGCUCAGUGCUGCUUUACCUGCGGGGCAGCAAAUGCUUGAAAAUGCCCGAGGAGUACAAAGCUGUGUUCCCAUCUUUUUUGGAUGUGGGGCCCAGCCUUCAAAACAGAAAGCUGGAGCUAUUUGACCUAAAAAAGGUCUAAGGAACAUUUUGGUCAAUAGGUUGUAGCAAUGGAGCUCCAGUGCACGUACACAUGGGGGCUUCAACA